AUGUUGGUAGUUUCUUGGUUUGGUUUGGGCAGAAUACAUGUCUCUCUUUGUGCCAAAAGAAGUCAUUCUUUUUUCUCAAAACCCCAUCCAGGGUCCCAACUUGGAGCCUCUGUGACAAACAAAAGAAGCAGUAAAAGCUUGCAGCUUCAACACUUUCCUGAAAUUGAAACGGAAAACCAUAAAAAAGAGAUCUCAGGAAUUGCACUUGCACACACAAGACCAAAUGAAUUGGUUCAAAAUGGUGAAGCCCCUGCCAAUUGGAAAAAGGUUCUUCAAGGGAUUCGUCAGAUGAGGAGUUCUGCAGAUGAACAUGAACCUGUUUCACGUGAGGAAGCUGCUAAUGAUACUGCACCUCCUAAGGAAAGAAGAUUUGCUGUCCUGGCAUCUUCCCUUUUAUCAAGCCAAACUAAGGAACAUGUUACCCGAGGAGCGACCCAACGUCUUCAUGAAAAUGGUCUGCUUACGGCUGAAGCAAUGAACAAAGCUGAUGAAGAAACCAUCAAAAAGUUUAUUUACCCAGUAGGAUUUUAUACAAGAAAAGCCAGUAACUUGAAGAAAAUUGCAAAUAUUUGUCUCAUGAAGUAUGAUGGAGACAUACCCAGCUCAAUUGAGGAACUACUCUUGCUGCCAGGAGUAGGUCCGAAAAUAGCUCAUCUGGUUAUGAUUCUUGGAUGGAACGAUGUCCAAGGGAUAUGUGUAGAUACUCAUGUCCACCGCAUUUGCAAUCGUCUUGGGUGGGUUUCGAGAUCAGGCUCAAAACAGAAAACUAGGACACCGGAAGAAACCAGAAAAGGGCUGCAACGGUGGCUUCCGAAGGAAGAAUGGGUUCCAAUAAAUCCUCUUUUGGUAGGAUUUGGACGAACGAUUUGUACUUCUCUACGGCCUCACUGUGGAGAGUGUAGUGUAUGUAGCUUCUGUCCAUCAGCAUACAAGGAGGCUUCAAGCUUUUCAUCCAAGUCCAAAAAGCUUGCAUUGAACAAGAAACCUUAA